UUCUCUCCUUUUGAUUUCUUCUUUUCCUGACACUCCAUCCUCGCAAAUCUCUUUACUCUUUUAUUCUCCUCCUUUCCACGCCUUGUCUUUAAUGGCGUUUUGACCGCUCAGAAAAAGGUGAAGCGAGCGGCAAUGAACUAGAAGCAACAAGAGCCAGUGUGGAAGCGGGCACUAGCAGGAGCAAGAACAGGGAAGCGAGCUCCGAAACAUCAUCACAACUUCAUCAUCGCCGAGGGACGCUGAGUUAGACCACGCUGGUCUUGUUCUUCUGGAUGAAAACGUAGUCUUGGCCGUGGAUAUCUGAUCCUGUAAGGAUCGGUUGAUCUCUUUGUUCCUGCUACUAUGUCGAUCACGAUCUGAUGCGACCCUUUUUCCGCCUACUGCUUUCUGUCUCAACAGCGAGAGCACUAGAGAGGUUGAACCGAGAAAAGGGGCGGUUGAGUUUUGGGAUUUAUGUCGGCUGGUUUUGAGUUGGGAUUUACCGGGGCCCUACUUCAGUACUCUCUUUCUUCAUCGACGCCUUCUUGUUCGGCCUAUGAUCUGUUCGUAACCGUUGCUUGCUGCACGCUCUGCUGCUUCUGGCAGAGGUUGAAUCUGGUCUCGUCCUCUGUUUCCAUGCGGUUGAGACCAAAAAGGAGGUGUUCUGGAGAAGAGGGUUUUGGGGGGUUUCGCAUAAAGCCAUUUUCCAAUCCGUUCUUGUUCUUGAUGGUUGUUCUUAAUUAAACAACUAGACAGUAGACACCUUUUGUGAUCUUGAGAGAAGCACCCGCUUCCUGUUGUUAAAUUGAAAAUUUUGCUUGUGGAUACUCGAGGGGUUUUUGUUGAGGGUUUUAGCAUUUUCCUCUGCCAAUGUCUGGGUCCUGUCAACUGUUUGACAAAAGUUCUUCCCUCAAGAAAGUGAGAGAUUCCAGAAUGGUGAGAAAGAUCCGUGUGUUCUGUAGAGAUCCCGAUGCCACCGAUCUGUCCUCUAGUGAGGAUGAAUCGGAUGAAAUUGAUAAGAAGCUCUUUGUUCGCCUCAUUGAUCUUCCACUUCCUGUUGUGCACCCUAAUGUUAUCGAUGCUGAAAGUUCAUCUCGAGAUACCAUUGAUAAUGUCAAUAGCGUUCAUAAGAAGAGAAAGCUUGGUGAGAAAGGUGAUCUAAUCUUAAAGAGAAGACGGGCAGAUUUACGGUAUAAGGGGGUCAGGCAAAGGAAAUGGGGCAAAUGGGCUGCGGAGAUCAGAGACCCAUUCCGCCGGGGAACUCGAAUUUGGUUGGGCACUUACAAUACUCCUGAGGAGGCUGCUAAGGCUUAUGAGGCCAAGAGGCUUGAGUUCGAAGCUACAGCCAAGGCCUCUGAUGAGAAGAAGACAAAAACCUCCUCUUCAGAAACCUCUCUGUCCAUGAACAAACCUAUCGCCUCAGAAAAUUCAGUGAGUGCAUCCUCACGCACCUCCCCAUCAUCCGUCCUUGGCUCAGGCAUGUCAGCCUCAAAUGCGUCUGAAAGCUGUAAUGUUUCGACGAAGAGAAGCGUUAAUACUGAUCCCAAGCAGCAACCGCUCACCCGAAUCGAAUGUCUGGAGGAGAUGUUGAUGCCUGGUCAAGCUGUGCAGGACUUGAGCUUGGGAAAUGACUUUGAUAUGCUACUCAUGGAUGACUUUGGGCAGCUCGUGGAUGAUUUUUGCGGAACAGAUGACUUCCAAAUGUUCGGAUUUGGAAAUGAGAUGAGCGAGCUCCCUGAUUUUGACUUUGACAUUGGAAACGAUGAAUUCGGCCAUUGGAUGGAAGAGCGACCUAUUAAUAUUGCCUGCACCUAAGUUUUGUAGCUAGGAAUCGGUAUCACUGAUGUCAUUAAAUGUUAGUCUUUUAGAAUAUGCUUGGGGCUCUCUCUAAUUUGAGCGCUUGAGAGGAGUGUUUUUUUUUUUUUUGGUUCUUUUUCUGCCAAUGAGCUUAUUCUGAUUUGUUUGUGGAGUAUUGAAGAGAGAAAGAGAGAGAGAGCGAGAGAGAUGAGAAGGAUGAAAGCAUUUUUGGAAGGUGAGGAUCCUUUGGGUUUUCUUGUGCCAUUAGAGCCGUCCAAAGGUUAAUGCAAAGUUUUCAGACGAUGUUGUUGCUCUUUGUCCUAGCAAUGUCUUGUUUGCUGUAAUGUGAUACCCUUUGUUUUAAUGAAGCAGGGUUUUU